AUGUAUGCCUGGACCCUGGACAACCUGGAAGAUCGCACACCGUCCCCUAGCCCGCCGGCCAGUCGUCCCGACCAUCAUGGCAGCUCACAACGGCGGGUCUACAUUCUCGGGGUCGGAAAUCUUGGUAGUCUUUUCGCUACCUCGCUUGCCUCCUUGCCGGAACCCCCGCCGGUGACCCUGGUUCUCCACCGGAAGGACCUCUUGCUGGCAUGGAGGGAAAACCCGGGUAUCGAAAUCACCCGACGUGGCUCCGUCUACAAACACCUUAACUUUGACGUUGAACUGUGGUCCGAAGAGCCACCACGCAUUGGCCAAGCAAGAGAAGUUACUGAAGGCCGAGGAAUACGCAACCUGAUCGUAGCGACGAAGGCGUCCCAGGCCCUGCCGGAGGUCGAUCGAGUUCGUCGUUAUCUCGAUGAAAACUCUACCAUAGCUUUCGCUCAAAACGGCAUGUGUAAACUUUGGCCGCCGCAUGGGAAGACAUACACGGAGUAUCGUUUCCGGGAUGGAUCACGCCCAAGCUGGCUGGCGUGUGUCACCACCCAUGGCGUGACCUCUUUGGGCCGGUUCAAGAGUGUUCAUGCAUCAGAGGCAGAUAUCAAAAUCGGCCCUGUCUACCUCAAUAAGUCCGCUGGCAAGUCGUCUGUCCUAUCAGACCUGCUUUCCCAGGCUCCGAACCUCAAUGGACGGAGCGUUGCACAAGAUGAACUUUGGGUUUUACAGCUGGAAAAGCUCGUCGUCAAUUCGGUCAUCAAUCCGCUGACAGCCAUUCUCCGGUGCAAAAACGGCGAACUAUUCAGCGAAACAGAAGGCAGUCUCGCUGAACUCAUAGACGCCCUGUUGCUAGAGGCUAGCAACGUUCUUCGAGCUUUGAUAAAAGACCAGAGCACCGACGCGAUCCUACAACCAGUACCCAGGGAAGCUAAACCGACGACGAAUGCAGACGUGGACCGCAACUUAUUGGACCACAGACUCGGCCUGAUGGAUCGCUUCUCUCAAUCCCGGCUGAAGGAGAUGUUGUAUGAUGUUGGGUUCAAGGUCCGGGACAACACCAGCUCAAUGCUUCAAGAUGUCAGGGCUGGCAAGCAGACCGAGAUCAACGAAUUCAAUGGCUGGCUUGUCGAAACGGCGGGUUACCUCGACGACAACUUGGACAUUACCCAUCACCAAAUCUUGGUCGAUCUGGUGCGAAACAACUAUAUCCUGGACAGAGAAGCACUCGUGAACCAUUUCCCCUGUCUGAAAGACUCCAAGCUUGCAGCUGCUCGAAGACACUAG